CGGCAUUGCCAUUGCUCGCUCGGCACUCGACCAGCUGCCCCAAAUCACAACGAAGAUGAAGCUCCGCGUGUUUCUCCUGCUCAGCGCCGCCCUGGCAGCGACUGUCCAAGCCGUCGUCCAGCCGGGCAGGAACCAGCAGCUGUUCAAUCACAACCGCGACGGAUACCGCUACAAUGGACCCGCCCACAAGUAUCUGCCCGCCGAGGGGCCGCCCAGCACGGAAGCGGGCAUCAUCACUGGCCCCUGGCAAUCACAUGGAUCGCAUGGCAAUCAAUUGCCACAAUCCCUGGAGCACUCCCAGCAGCAGCAGCAUCAGCAGCCGGGCUACAACGGUCCCUACAACUCCCAGUACUAUGGAGAGGGACAGCGACAGGGACAGGAGCAGCAUCGACAGGAAGAGCACUCCUGGAAGCAGGAGCAACAGUUGGCAGAGCAGCAACGUCAGCAGCAGAGAACCGAACCCUGGCAGUCAUCUCAGGGACAGUUUGGACAGCAGCAAGGCUACCACCAGCAGCACCACCACCAGCAGCAGUACCACCAGCAACAGUCCCAGUCACAUCAUCAGCAGGGCCACCAAGAUGGGGAAUACUCUCCGGAGCAGCUUGGCAGACCAGAACAACAUCAUUCACAAGGCAGCCUUCAGCAGGAGCCACAUCCGCAGAGAGCUGAAUCCUGGCAGGGCUUUCACCAGGAGCAGCAUCAACAGCAGCCACACCAGCAGCAGGAGCAGCAGCAGGAGCAACAGCAGAGCGUCCACUGGCAGCCAUCCCAUCUGGGGCACCGCUCUGAGAGUUUUCCCUCGGCUCUGGCGCAUGCCAGCAGCCAUAAAACUGUUGCUGCUCCUGCCCGCGAUAUCAAGCUUGUUCCAGCUUAUACUCUUUCUAGUUAUUCGGACCAAGAUCGCUUCAUUGGACUGGAUGCACUCGACACUCGCCUACUGAGCCAAUCCCUGCCAGAUGCCUACCAGCGGGAGCUGUUGGGUGGCUCUCCCCAGCAGCAACAUCAGCCGCAGCAAAGCCACGACAUUGUUCAGAUGCAAUCGCACUCCUACGAGCUGCCCUCGUCGCAUAGCAUGCAGCGGGAGUGGCCUCAGCAGCACCAGCAGCCGCAGCAUGAACACUCGGGCAAUCGUCAGUACUCGGAGAGUGCCUUUGCCUUCUCCAACCCAUCCAUUCACUCCUCCAAUCCAUCCAUUCACUCCUCCAACCCAUCCAUUCAGUCCUCCAACCCAUCCAUUCACUCCGCCAACCCAUCCUACGCCUUCCAGAACUCCUUGAGUCAUCCCAGCCGCGAGUUCCAGCCACCCUACUAUCGAUAG